GAUCUCGUACGAGAGGAUCCAGUUGUGUUCGAAUUUCAAGAUGGAGGCGGCGAGGGUACGCAUUGUGUGGGUUGUGAUUCUCUCAGCGAUAGUUCUCAAACAAAUGAAAUCUUCCUUCAUGAAGAAGGAAGUCGGGACUUGUCCGAGACCGAAGGAUCUCCGAGCGUUGGGAUGCUCCUGUUCUAUACUACCGAAGGGCUCUGAACGGAGUUUCGUUUGUAACGCAGCGCGGUGGAACGCUGACACUGCGGCGAGAUUCGCAAUCAUUGCGGGUUACGCAGAAAAAAAUUCUUUCCAAUUUCGCGGCAAGCUAAAGUGGGAGACGGCUAAAAGUAACGGCUCCUCGGAAGAGCUUGAACGAGUCAUCACAUCGCCUUUCACCGCUUUGUGUGGUUCAAAUGUACAAUCCCUGAAACUCCUGCAUUUCACGUAUGCCGGAGAGCCUCCCCAUUGUAACUUCGCUUCAUUGGAGUUCGAUGAUGUCUCAAUUGACUUCCCCACCUUCUUCUCAACCGCGAAGCCUUCCCAACUACGCGUUUUGAAUCAGAAGAAUUUUACCGGACUGGAGAACCUCAGCGGAGUCAAAGACCUACGCAUCCACAACAGCUCAUUGGACGCUUAUACUAAUUUCCGACUGAUGACGGAUCUGCGGAUCCUCGCCAUCGAGGCGAGCGACUUACAGACACAGCGACUGGAUUUUAUCCCGAAACGGAGCAAUUCGCUCCACCUCGUGCAAAUCAGGGACUGCAAGAUAAGAAGCAUAAGCGCGGACCUAUGGAGCGCGGCACCGCAUUUACAACAUCUUGACCUCGCGAACAACGAGAUAGAAUCGCUGCCAGAAGAUCCGAACCAGCGGGACACUCGUCCAUCCUUGUUUCUAGCCGGCAAUCCGCUUAAUUGUGAAAAACUGGACUGGACGAGAGGUCGGGUGAUCAGAAAUCCGACUUGGCAAGCCGACAGCAUUCCUCAAUGUUAUCCCCGAAACUAGUACCUACGUUUAAUUUCAAACUUCCUCAUCUAACCCCUCCGAUUCCGAGAAGAGCUCUUCGGAAUCGUGUUUGACUGACCUCUAUUUUCGCCUUCGCCGGAGAAAAAGAUUGCCGCACGUGAUAUGGGUAUUAAAGUAAAAUAUACAGAUU